GGCAACGUCAACCGUACACGUCAAAAAAGAAGCGAACAACUAGAAGGAAGUGACGUAGGGAAGUGUAACCUCAUUAUGUCGACUUACUACCAUUUGAUUUCGGUUCUUGUUUCGAUUCUGACAUUCUAAAUCAAAGAAAACACUUCGGUUUAAGCAACUUAUUAAAAUGCAGAAUCAAAAUUUAACGCAAUACAAAUCUGUUGCAGAAGAACCGAAAUUAUUGUCAGAUAGCCAUUUUUCUCCAAUACCACCAUCAUUAGAAAGCGAUGGAAAGCCUAUGGAGGAGGAAAGAAUCAGAUUAACAACAUUUUCUUCAUGGCCACAUGAAGAUGUCAUAGCUUCUCACAAACUUGCUAAAGCAGGUUUUUAUUAUAAAGGAGAUGGAGAUGAAGUACAAUGUUUUAGUUGUGGAGUAAAAAUAAAAGGUUGGCAGCCAGGAGAUGUUGCUGUUAGAAAGCACAGAGAAUUAUUUCCAAAAUGUAAUUUUAUUGCAGAAAUAUUUAACAAGGCAUUUAAAAAGCCAAAUUUAGGUUCUAAUGGUAUUGCAGCAGUAUCAGAAAAUAAUUUAACUCCGAGUGAUGUUUCCAGUUCUAAUUCAAGGACGUUAGUAAAUGGUCAAACACACCACAAUCCUGACCAAAAUGCUUCAACAUCAGCAAUUAAUCAAAUACCACAAAACAGAAAUUUAGAAGAUACAUCUAGAACUCCAGAUUUUGAGAAACUUAAAUCAGAGAGGGAGAGAUUAAAAACUUUUGAGACGUGGCCUCUAACAAGUCCUAAACCUUGUGAUCUUGCUAGAGAAGGGUUUUUUUAUUUGUUGCAACAAGAUAAAGUACAGUGUGUGUUUUGCCGUGGAAUUGUUAGUCACUGGGAAAGAAAUGACGAUCCACUUAGAGAACAUGCUAGGCAUUUUCCUUUCUGUCCUUUUGUAAUGAAUAGAAAUGUUGGAAAUAUUCCAAUAAAUUCUCCUGAACCAACUCAUUCAGUAAUAAGAGGAACUGGACAUGAUGAAUGUGGUUCAUUGAUUUGGAAAAAUUCUGUUCCUGAAAAUGGAUAUAAAUCUAUAAGAAAAGCAAAUAAACUUGAAAAUUUUGGUGUUAAAUUACAUCAUGGACCAAGACAUCCAGCCCAAGCAAGUAAAGAUGCAAGAUUAAGAUCAUUUGUUACUUGGCCAGCAACUGCUGUUUUGAGACCAGCAGAAUUAGUAGAUGCUGGAUUCUUUUAUAUUGGUAUUAAGGAUUACACAAGAUGCUUUUAUUGUGAUGGUGGGUUAUGUAAUUGGGAAAAGGGCGAUGAUCCAUGGGUGGAGCACGCAAGAUGGUUUCAAAACUGUGCAUAUGUACGACUAAAUAAAGGAGAUGACUUUGUAGAAGCUUGUCUGAAUAGUCCCUCUCGGAAAUCAAGUGGUGAAGUUAACAUGGAAUCAACAAGUAAUGAAGUGUUACAUGUUUCUGAAUUUUCAUUAACUGUUGAACGUCAAGUAGAUGAAUAUAUGAAAUCUGAUAUUGUAAAAGCAGCAAUUGAACCUGGAAUUUUCCCUCCUCAUAUGAUUAGAGAAGUUUUAUUAAGGAGAGUACAAAAUGGUGAUGGAAACUUUGAGAAUGCAGAUGAAUUAUGUGAAACCGUACUGAAUUUACAACAAGAAAUGGAAAAUAAUGCAAGCAAUGAAUCAACAAAUAUUGAUGAAGAACCUAUGGAAGUAAACAAAGAAAUGAAUGUUACAGUUAGACCUUCAACAAGUCCUUCCGAAGAUGUUCAACCAUCAUGUUUUUCUGUUUCUGGACAAAGUGCUAGUGGAUCUGCUUCUAUCGAUGAUUUACUAAAAGAACAGAGACUGUGCAAGAUUUGUAUGGAUAAAGAAAUUGGAGUAUUAUUCUUGCCCUGUGGUCAUCUUGUAGCAUGUGUUCAAUGUGCUCCAGCAAUGUCUGAUUGCCCUUUUUGCAGAAAACCAAUCAAAGGAACAGUUCGAGCUUUUCUUACAUGAAAAAUUUUUUUAAAAAUGUGCAGUACAGAACUUUUGGACAGCACUUAUUCUCAAAGGAAGAAAAUUGAAAAAAAUGAAGAUUUACAAUGUUAUGUGAGUGACAUUUUGUGUUCCAAUAAAAAAAAUAAUUAUUGAUAUUAAGAAACAAUACUGAAAAUUUGUUGUAAUCAGUUGAUCUGUUUUCAACUUAAUUUUCAUCAAUAUAUAUGAUUCAAACCAUUAGCAUUUACUCGUUAUGGAAUAAAUCAAAAUUUAUAUUAUGCAGCAAUUAAUUCAUUGCAAAAACAAACAUUACAAUUAUAUGAUGAUGAUGAUUACAAACUAUCAUACAAGGUCUGAUCAAAACCUAUCUGACCUGAAGUCUGGGAAAAAAUCUUGCCUAUCUAUUUUGUUCACACUACUAUAACUCAAAAUAGGCCUUUUUGAAUUCACACACCCAGUGAUGCGUCCACUGUUGGAAGCAUUUUUUUUCAAAGUUAUCUGUAUCUUUAUCAGGUGCUUUGUUGCAUUAGUCUUGAUUGAGUCUGCAUUCUGAAGUUUUUCCUUUGAGUGGAAUCUUGAGUUUGGGAAAGAACCAAAAGUUAGCUGGAGCCAUGUUUGGAGAGAGAGAGAGAUGGUAUUGCAUGGAUUCAGUAGCCUGUUUUGUGAGCUCUGGUAUUUUGCAUCUAACAGCAUUUCAUACGUCAUGUAAAACAGUCAGGUUUGCAAGUCUAUCAGUUUUUCCAUGAGGGUGUACUGAAACUACACCCUGGUGGUAAAAAAAAAUUGGUCAACUGGAGACUGUGGUAUUUUCCACUGGGAUGAUUGUGCCUUUCUCUGGGUCAUACCCUGUUAUAAUUUUCAUGAAAUCAGGAUCCAUCAUCAUGUUCCGCUAAAUCACUAAUGCAAUGUUAACAGCGUAUAUAUAGAACUAUCCGGCUGUCUGACAGUGACUGCGGAGUAUGACCAGGUCAUCAAAAUUCACCCACAUGCAGUAGGGUCUAAGGUCACAUGAAUAGUGUCUCCUCAGCUUGCAAAUACUUAAGGAAAAAACAAGACCAGAUACUUUUUGAUCAGACCUUGUAAGAAGUUUGACAAUGGCAUUUGGAACAUCGCUGGAAUCAUGCUAGACAUUCCAAACGCCAUUGUCAAACUUUUAAGCUUGCAGGAUGGCGGUGCUACGUCAGACGUUUAUGUUGAAAACUUUGCCCGCAACCUUGCUACUGUUUAAUCAUUGAUCAUUUAAAAACAAACCUUUAUAAUUAAAUUGCUGAUCAACUGGGAUGAUCAUUUCUUUCUGUCCAUAACCAAUUUGAGAAUACAAAUUUUCAUUUUUUGAGUUUUUAUGAAUGUUAGAAAUGUCUUUGAAAACCUAUCCCUUAACUGCAUAUUUAAGUUAUGGAAUAAAAAAUGAUCAAUUGAAAUUAGGUGUGAAGAAUAAAGUGGUUUUCAGUUUUUGCUAAAAAGAGCGACAACAAUUGCAUUAUAAUUUAUGAAGCAAUAAUGUAUAGUUGCUUCACAAAUUACAAUUGCUUCAUGAACCACAAAUUCUUAAGUUAGCAUUUAGAAUAAUCAGUUUUAAUAGAGAAGUUGUGGCCAAAGUUCUCAUCAAUAAAACGUGAUCAAACGCCAUUGUCAAAAUGUCUUUGUAACUAGAUUUGUUGCAGAAAAUAAUUUUUUUAAUUAUAUGAUCAAUUAAAUUUAUAUUGUAACAUAGUGUAAGAUUUCUAAUCUAAAUAGAAGUGAUUUUAUAAUUAAAUUAUAAUAGUUGCUUAAUUGUAGUUAAAGGCACACUGUUAUAAUUAAUUAAAAAAUCCAUUGUCCACUCUAUUUUAUUGUAAAUAUUUCAUUGAUUCAGUUGCAUGAAGGGUCUGUUUGGAAAUGCUUACCGAUUCAACCUACGAGACCGGCGUCAUUUAAAAACAUUACUUAUAAAAUUUCCGGUGAUACGAUUACUACAGGCUCACCACAGUCAAGGGUGGAUUAGAGAAUAACAAUCCAAUUACCCAUGACGUCAGGCUGUAUUCACAUUGCCAUAGAUCU